AUGGCAGAGGACUUGCAGGAUGAGUUCGAUGAGGAUGAUUUUGACGACGAGGAUCUUCAAUGGUCAUGCAAUUACGUGGUCGUUUGCAUCUUGUUGCCCACCUUGAUUGGCUUCAUCAAUGGCUUCUUCUGGUCUGGUCUAGCUCUGCAUUACGUGGACAUGGGUUGGGCGGUAGCCAGAGCCGGCUUGGCCUCGACCAUUGGCUUGCUCUUGCGGCCCUUCUUCCAACAAAUUCAAAUCCGGGCAGGCUUCUGGGCAGCUGUGCCCUUGGGAGCUUUGCACUUGGGUCUUGCCAUUUUGGGUGCCGCCCUUACCACCCAGGAGUGGGCAGUGAUCUUGGAGGUCACAGCAUUGCAAGGUUUGGACCCCUCCAUCACCAUUGAAGGCAUUGCCUUCGACGUCUUUGGGCUGUCAGAGACCAUGGCGCGGCAAGCGUCCUCCACGGUGCUGGCCGUCUUCACCAUUGCCGUGGCCACCGCAGUGACCAUUGGCGGCAUCAUCUACGACUUCGCGGGAUGGCAAGGCAUGUCGCUCUUCCAUGUGGCUUGCCUGCUGCCCUGCCUGGUGCGACCAGUGUCUCAGGUCCUGGCCGAUCCCAUGGCGUGGAACCAGGCUCCAGUGGUGGUGACGACGCUUUCCAAUGGCGUCAAGGUGACGGGCCGGCGCUUGGUUGGCCCGGUUUGGUUCUGGAAGACGGCACGGUCGGCCGCCGGUGUCCUGCUGGGAUGCGGCGUGGCGAUGAGAUCGGAUCUGGGCCGCGCCCAUGUCUUGCCAAUCUCACCCAGUCCUGGCACUGGCUCCUCAUUGAGUAAUGCCUUGAAGCAGCUCAGAGCCACCAGAGACGCGCUUCCUCCUUGCGUCUUCUUGGUGGUUCUGGGUGCCUCCUCCAGAGAUGAGGCGGCCAAAGACUUUGACCCCACCAUCGCUGCGGAGGUCUGCGCGUUGCUUCCGGAGUUGCGACGGCCCUUGAUCGGAGUCGCGCCCGGGACACCCAGAUCGGUCUGUCGAGACCAGAGAGAGGAGGAGCGGAGCCAGUCGGACGCGAAGAUGGACAAAGCAACUGAAGAACAGAAGGGCCAGAUCCAUUGCUGGGGAGCACAACUGCUGAAUGCCUGCGACCGGGUUCUAGCAUGUGAGGAAGCGACCUUCGAGGAGGGUUGCCCAACGGCCGUGGAACGCGUCCCUGUCGGAAAUCUAGGCUGUGAGAUGGCGGUCCUGGCCAGGGCCCUCGAGCGGCAAAGCUCUGAAGCGCUCGCGUCGGUGAAGGUGGACUUCCUUUGUUCCAAGGUGCUGCACAUGAUGCGACCGAAACAGGAUGAUGCAAGCACAAGGAGCGCCAAGGAAGAGUUGCUCGCACGCGCUCUCCAAGAGGCGCAUGGCUCGCCAAUGCGCCGUGGCGAAGUGCGGCGACGCUCGGCCGAGUCCAUCAAGGAAGAUCCCGAGGAGUUCGCCAGCGAUGCGGAGACCAGCGAGGGCGAGGAUGGCGAGGUGUUUGCGACCAGCUCGAACGGCUCUUCAGAGUCAGUCUGAGAGCGUUCCGCCACGAGCCUUGCGUUGCGAGCCAGCGUCCAGUCCUGGGUGGGAGGUGGAUGCCGAGAAUCGAAGAAAGGCCGCUUGUUCCUA